GUGCAGUGCAAGGAACAGGACCAAGCAGACCGCCUCCUUGAUAGGAUAAUUAAAACAUCUACGCGCCAUCUGGAGCUGCAUGGUGAGGAGCGGCACCCUGAAUACUCCAAUGCUGGAAUACCACGAGAUGUUGGAUCCUGGAUUCAGCAAACAAGCGGAAGGAAGCUAGGGGGGAUCAUCUCCGAGAGCUGGUAGCUUGCCUUACUUGAAAUAUGUCAGGCUUCUCCCCCAAAUUUGAGGAAUUAAAAAAGAGCUCUCCGCACUAUCCUCUAACAGUUUUUAGUGAUUUUGCUGUGGUGCUUCCGUUGUUGCUGUUGCAGUUUGUUGCUUGCCUCGAUUUCUUUUGUGGCUUUGAUGAAUCGCACGUUGAAUCUAUGACAACUCUACCCAUCGGCCCCCCUGUUGGUUGUGCGGAGGAAAUUCACCCUUGAGAAUGAAAUUUCUUUGAAAGCGCUUCGUCAUCCCCUUUUUGCAACCCCUUAACCUGCAGAGAACAUGAUGGGCUCGUAAACCUCUUGUGAGAAGUGUCCAGCCAUGAAAAUCUUCCACAACUUUGUGUUCAUUGUUGGCAAAUCGCGGUUCUAGAACCCACUAUCUCC